AAGGACUAUGAAGGGGACUGUACAGUACAUGGACCUCUCCUCAUAGUUGCAGACACACAGGAAACACCAGGACGCUUGGACAGGGCAUGGAAAACAAUGCCCAUUGGUCUAGAGAUUGAGGAGUCUGGAAUCCCAGGAGCUGGACUUGGAGUUUGGGCAUCUCAGGACUUGGUUCCACGCACCUGCUUUGGGCCGUAUGAGGGAGACACAAUCAAAGAUGAGGCCACUGCUCAAAGAUCAGGAUACAGCUGGCAAAUACACACAGAUGGACAACCUUCCCACUUUGUGGAUGGCCACAACUGCAGCACGGCCAACUGGAUGAGAUAUGUCAACUGUGCUCGUACAGAGGAGGAACAGAAUCUGACAGCAUUUCAAUACAAAGGUCAUAUCUACUACAGAGUGUACAAGGAGAUUGGUGUGGGUUCCGAGCUGCUUGUAUGGUAUGGACACAAGUAUGCUAAGAACCUUGGUAUCAAGAGGCAACUUAAACUUACGGAGGGCCACACAGAAGAUAUGUACCCAUGUGAUACCUGUGACCUUGGUUUCUCAUCUGUGGUGUUGUUGUGGAAACAUCUGGAGAAGAUGCAUGGAGGGAGACUGACAGCUAAGUUGAGGUUCAUAGUAAACACUCAGGGCGUUAACAUCCAUGAGUUUUUUGAGGAGAUAGAGAAACAGAAGAGUGACGCAAAGGGCAUUAACAGUUCUGACGUUAUGGUGAAGACAGAGCCUGAAGAAGAGGACAACAACAGUGACAUGAAUGAGGACAGAAACACUGGAUGUGAAGAAGAGUCAACAGAAACAAAUAGUCCCAAGAAACAGAAGAGUGACGCAGAGGGCAUUAACAGCCCUGACAUUGUGGUGAAGACAGAGCGUGAAGAGGAGGACAACAACAGUGACAUGAAUGAGGACAGAAACACUGGAUGUGAAGAAGCGUCAACAGAAACAAAUAGUCCCAAGAAACAGAAGAGUGAUGGAAAGGGCAUUAACAAACAGCAGAACGAUGAGCAAAUUUUUCAAUGUGACAAAUGUGGGGAAGAAUUCAAUGCUCAAAGUAAACUGAAAUCACACAUGACGCUUCACAAAGAAACCCAGGCUUUUCCAUGUAAAGAGUGCGGGAUAACAUUUACACAAUCAGCCCACUUGAAGACACACAUGAGGCAUCACAAUGGAGUAAGACCGUUUUCUUGCAGAGAAUGCAAGAAAACAUUUACGCGAUUAGGAACCCUGAAGUCACACAUGAUGCUUCACAGCGGAGAAAGACCGCAUUCAUGUACAGAAUGUGAGAAAACUUUCACUGAACUUGGUCACCUAAAGACACACAUGAGGCUUCACAGUGGAGUAAGACCUUAUCCUUGUACGGAAUGUGAGAAAACAUUUACACAAUUAGGCCACCUGAAGACUCAUAUGAGACAUCACACUGGCGAAAGACCUUAUUCUUGUACAGAGUGUGGGAAAACAUACACACAGCUAGGACACCUCCAGAAACACAUGAACCAUCACAGUGGAGUUGAGCCUAUUCCUUGUAAGGAAUGUAAGAAAACAUUUACAAAGACACGUGACCUUGAACAACAUGUCAGACUUCACGGGGUAAAACCUUUUGAGUGCACUGAGUGUGAGAAAACAUUUGUACAAGAAGCUUAUUUGCGGAAACACAUGAGAUAUCACAGUGACAUCAGAUCACAUAAGUGUAAUGAGUGUGGGAAAAGCUUUGUGAUAGCUUCUGAGCUUAAAAUGCACAUGAGGUAUCACAAUGGAGUCCGACCUUAUCAGUGUGGCGAGUGUGGAAAGGCAUUUGCACAAUCAGGAGCCCUUCGGAUACACAUGAGGAGCCACAGUGGUAUUAAACCUUACAAAUGUUCUGAAUGUGCGAUGGCGUUUGUGAUAUCGGGUAGUUUGAAACAGCACAUGAUGGGUCACACGGGAAUCAAACCGUACGAGUGUGGUGAGUGCGGGAAGACAUUUGCAAAAUCAGGAAAUGUUCAGACACACAUGAGGAGCCAUAGUGUUGUCAGGCCGUUCGAGUGUGGUGAGUGUGGGAAGGUGUUCGUGGCAUCACGUAGUUUACAGAAACACAUGCUGUGUCACAUGGACGCCAAGAGCAAUACAUGUGGUGAGAGUGACGGUCCAUGUGAAGCCAAGCCUUAUAAAUGCGAUGAGUAUGGGAAAGAAUUUUCAGAGUCAUGUGACCUGAAGCAGCAUAUUCAUUGUCACAAUGAUGCCAAGUCUGAUAGGUGUGGGCAAGAAUUUCUUGAGUCAUGUGACCUGAAAACACAUGAGCAGUUUCACAGCGAUGCCAAGCCUUAUAAGUAUGACGAGUGUGGAAAAGAAUUUAAAGAGUCAUGUGACCAGAAGCAUCAUCGGCAGAGUCACAUUGAUGCCAAGAGUAAUACGUGUGAUGAGAGCAGGCAAGAAUCUAAAGAGUCAUGUGACCUGAAGCAUUAUCGGCAGAGUCACAUUGAUGCCAAGAGUAAUACGGAGUGAUGAGAGCAGGCAAGAAUCUAAGGAGUCAUGUGACCAGAAGCAUAAUCGGCAGUGUCACAUCGAUGCUCCUCCUUAUAGGUGUGACAAGUGCGGGCAAGAAUUUGAAGAAUCGGACAGCCUCAUUUUUCAC